GGAGGGGGAGGGGCCUCUCCGCGCGAAGCCGGCGCGAGGCAGCGGCGAGGGCUGGCCGCCGCCACAUCUGCGCGGAGCCGGCGCGCGUCUGCACGGAAGCCAGCCGCCGGCCCGGGGUCGCCAACACGCUGCCGCUGCCGGCCGCCCCCAGCGCGCGCACGCCCAGCCCCGUCGGCCGGCAAACACGCGCUCGCUCGGCAGCCCCCCACGCGCGGCCGCCCCCGACUCCCCAAGGGUCCCGCAUCCGGAACACGAGGUGAGCAUGACCGCACCCGAUGCGGAGAGGGAAACUGAGGCAUGGGGGACAUGGGGAUGGAGAGGAAGGGAGAGACGGGCAUGUGGAUGGAUGGAUGAAUGGAUGAAAGGACAAACAGAUAGCUUCAGCCUAGAGCUCCCUGCGCUCAGAUGCAAGAGUUUGGGGAUCCACAUGGGGGAUCCCAGAAUUCUGCAGCCCCCUUGGAGAUCUGGGAGUUGGAACUCUACAGACCCCCCAGCGAGAGCCCCCUCCCUCCAAAGAUUCGCAGCCAUUACCUCCUCCCCAACCUUGGGGACCUAAGAAGGCAACCUCUGAGUCCUCCAGGGACACAGGCGUCAGAGCUCUCAGCCAGCCCGUCCCCCACCGCAGCCUGUGGGAGCCCAGACCCCUCCCAGCAGGCCCUGUCCCGGGACCCUGCUGGAGGCGUCAGAGCCCCCAGCAUCCCCUCUCCCUAGGGACCGAGGAGGAGCGCCUGGGCCCAGGUGUCGGCACCCCCGGCCCCCGCCUUCCGGAUCCAGGUGUCCCCGCUCCUCACCCCCCAGCCCGAGGCUUCGCGUCUCGGAGGCCCUGCUCGCGUCGCCAUGGCAACGGGAGUCUAUUUUGCGCUGGGAACACACAGCUCCCGCCGCAGCGCCCCCCACCACAGCCCGGCCCGGCCUGGCGGCCGGGUCCGACCUCCUGCGCGCUCCAUGCCGGCCCUCCUGCUCCUCGCACUCCUGGCGGCCACCUCGGGCCAGGCCGGGGCGCGCCCGUCCAACACCACGAGCGCCGAGCCCCCCGGCCCGCUGCCCGCCCUGCUGGCGCACCUGCGGCGCCUGACCGGGGCGCUGACUGGCGGCGGGGGCGCGGCGGGCCCGAGCGCCAACGGCACCAAGACCGGCUCCGCAGGCGGGACGGGUGCCGCGGCACGGGCGCCCCCUCCCGCCGAGCUCUGCCAUGGCUACUACGAUGUCAUGGGCCAGUACGACGCCACCUUCAACUGCAGCACGGGCUCCUACCGCUUCUGCUGCGGCACCUGCCACUACCGCUUCUGCUGCGAGCACCGCCACAUGCGCCUGGCUCAGGCUUCCUGCUCCAACUACGACACGCCACGCUGGGCCACCACGCCGCCGCCGCUGGCCGGGGGCGCUGGGGGCGCCGGGGGUGCGGGCGGGGGGCCAGGGCCUGGCCAGGCCGGGUGGCUGGAAGGGGGCAGGGCUGGGGGCCCAGGGGGACGCGGGGGUGAAGGCCCCGGAGGCAGCACGGCCUAUGUGGUGUGCGGGGUCAUCAGCUUUGCCCUGGCUGUGGGCGUCGGCGCCAAAGUGGCCUUCAGCAAGGCGUCCCGUGCGCCCAGGGCGCACCGUGAGAUCAACGUGCCCAGGGCUCUGGUGGACAUUCUGAGGCAUCAGGGAGGACCUGGGACCCGCCCGGACCGGGCCCGAAGCAGCUCCCUGACCCCGGGGCUCGGGGGUUCUGACAGCAUAGCCCCCAGGACGCCCAAGAGCCUCUACAACACCGUGAAGUCCUCCAACCUCGAUAAUCUGCACCACAACUACCUGCACCUCAACGUCGGCAGCCCCAAGCACCACGGCGGCACAAUGGAUUGGCGGGCCAUGCCACCGCCCAGCCCCUCCUUGCACUACUCCACGCUGUCCUGCUCUCGGUCCUUCCACAACCUCUCGCACCUGCCCCCAUCCUACGAGGCCGCCGUGAAAUCCGAGCUGAGCCGCUACUCCUCCCUCAAGAGGCUGGCCGAGAAGGACCUGGACGAGGCCUACCUGAAGCGCCGGCACCUGGCGGAGGCGCCCCGCGGAACGCUGCCCCUGCACGCCCUGCGGCGACCCGGCACCGGGGGCGGCUACCGCAUGGAUGGCUGGGGCGGCCCGGAGGAGCUGGGCCUGACGCCCGCGCCCAACCCGCGGCGAGUCAUGUCCCAGGAGCACCUGCUGGGCGACGGGGGCCGGGCCUCGCGCUACGAGUUCACGCUGCCGCGCGCGCGCCUUGUGUCGCAGGAGCACCUGCUGCUGUCCUCGCCGGAGGCCCUGCGCCAGAGUCGCGAGCACCUGCUGUCGCCCCCGCGCAGCCCUGCGCUGCCCCCCGACCCCACCGCCCGGGCCAGCCUGGCCGCCUCGCACUCCAACCUGCUGCUGGGGCCCGGGGGGCCCCCCACGCCGCUGCACGGGCUGCCGUCGUCCGGCCUGCACGCCCACCACCACCACGCCCUGCACGGGUCGCCGCAGCCCGCCUGGAUGUCCGACGCCGGCGGGGGCGGGGGCACGCUGGCGCGCAGGCCGCCCUUCCAGCGCCAGGGCACGCUGGAGCAGCUGCAGUUCAUCCCCGGCCACCACCUGCCCCAGCACCUGCGCACUGCCAGCAAGAACGAAGUGACGGUCUGAGGCCAGGCCCGGGGACUGGGGGGCUGCGGCCUCCCGGGACCCCCAUCCCAGCCUGGAACCCCCGACACUGGUUCACGCGCUGCAGGGGCUGAGACCAGACCCGCCCUUGGGUGGGAGGCAAAGCCUCCUUCGGCGCGUCAGGGCGGACACGAUUCCUCUCCCAUUACUCACUGUUUGAGCCACGGCCUCUUUCCCAGGAUGUCAUUACAGAGGAGGCCCACCCAUGGGGGCACCGCUAGCAGAAAUGUCUGCUUCUGUGAUGUCGCCACAGGCACAAGACCUCCUUCCCAUGAGGUCAUCACAGAGGAAGAGGCGUGCCUAUGAGGUCAUCGCUCAGAGCCAUGCCUACGUUCUGUGGCGUCAUCACAGACUCCCUUCCUGUGAGGUGACAGCGGAGAUGAGGCCUUGUCCCAUGACAUCAUUCCUAGAGACCAAGAUUCCUUCCCAUGAUGCCACUGUAGCGGCAAGUCUCGCCCCUGCACCGUCUUCUCUGGCUCUAAGGCCUCUUUUGGCAUCGUAGUCCUGGAGGAGAUACCGUCCUCCCGUACCUUCACCGCAGAGAAGGUGCCUCUGUCCUGUGAUGUCAUCGCUACAGACAAAGCCAUCUUGCUGGGACACACGCAGGAGAGAAUACCUCGCUGACUGUGUCCUCACUAGAGAUAAGGCCCUUUUCCCAUCGUCAUCACAGGGACCCUGGCUCCCUCCUGUGAUGCCAUCACCAGAGAAGGUGCCUUGCCCUAUGACGUCAUCGGAGGGACCAUGCCUCCUCCUGUGAUGUCAUCACCAGAGAUGACAACCCCCUCUGGGGCCUCUCCAGGACGAAGCCCCUUGUGUGAUGUCACCACCAGAUGCUACAUGCUCUGAGAUGACACAAGGAGACACCCCCACUGCUGCCGCCAUGUCCUAAGAAAGCAGGGCGUCCCCGCCCUAGGGAAGACGCCAGAGAAAGCGCCCUGUGCUGAGAUGUCAUCCGAGGGGUGCAUCACUGGGGAGGCCACCCCCGUGGAGAGGCCUACCCCAGCGAUGAGGGUCUGUGUGUGGAUUGAUGGUGGCGAUGCCUCUGCCCCCAGUGCUGUGAUGUCAUCACCAAGCACCUCCUCCUCGGAGGCAGUGCCCACUCUGGCCACCAUCACUGUUGGUGGUGUCGCAGUUUCUGCCUUGUCCCGCCAUGACUCAGCUUUGUUGCUCCUUCCCCCCACCCCAGGGACAUGCCCGACAGGAUCUCCAUCAGACCCUCUGAAAGGAGAUGGGGCCUUGGGUCCUGCCUCUGUGCAGCAGCUCUGGAGGGACAGAACCCCCAGACAGGCUUCUGCUCCCAGGGAGCUCCCAUGGGAGUCAUGGGACCCCAGCUGGAGUCAUGGGACUCAUAGGUGGCCCAAAGCCUGGCCUCACUUCUUUCUGCCAUAUCUAGAGACACCAUCGCCUCUGUCAACAAAGUCCUGGCCUCCUGCUGGGGGGAGGGGUCAGGGGUGAGUCUGCUAUUGACCUUGCUGAUGACAUCAUUAGCACCACAUUACACCCACCAUUCAUGAUGGCUUUCCACCUGGGGCCAAAUGUUACCGGUGUCUGAU